ACCUUCAGACAAAACAAAUCCAGUGCAAAAAGAACGAAUCUUAUCUACCCUUUCUAUAAAGCACAAGUUUUAACACCGUCUUGAUCAGGAUAUACAAACGCUCACAUCUUCCAUUCUUGUUCAUCCCCUUAAUUUUGCGUUCAUGUCUUGCCUGAAUUUGAGGCUUCCACCAGCCAAGAAGGCAUGGAAGAGUUUCACAUCCAAGCUUCAAAGAAAACUGCAUAAACUCAACACGUCCAAAUCUAUCACCAAAUCGAAAUAUCCAACCAAGACUAUUAACAGCACUGCUUCUCAUAUCCUGUUCGAUCAGAAACGUGAUGGAAACAGGAAGCGGCUUGCAUACCCACCUCGUGCACUUCCUUUUAAACAACGUAGCGACCGCUUAGGCCAUGUCCACAAAAAAUCAGCACCUGUAUAUAUUGAUAAGCUCUUUCGAGAGCCUGUCAGUAGUUUUGAGUUGAUGACUAAGUAUCCGCCAACUCCAAAGACUAUGAAGAUUCUUGAUCACCAGGCAGCUACAACAGUAGGGCCAGCACGAACUAGCAUGGAAGAUGAGAUCAAUAGAGGGGAAAGAGGCUGUGCAGCGGAUGAUAUGUGGGAGUCGUUGGGAUUUGCAUCUCCUCAAAUGCAAGGAAUUGAUGAAAGAGCUGAGCAGUUCAUUUUGACAUUCCGGGCAGAGAUGGAGAUUCAGGAAACGAUUGCUUGUGAUUUAUAGCGAUGUGAACUGUUAACGUGGUGGCUGAAAAGGUUGUGGAGCUAGCAGGGUGAUGAAAUUCCUGGGGUGAGCAGGAAAACAUGUUUGCAGCCAUUGGACAAAUCUACAUUCCUGGUGUGUAUCCCUGGGCCUGGUUGGAGGUUUUUUCUUACAGAAACUUGCUGUUUAUAUGCGUGAUUAAUUAGAACUUCAUUGAUCUUUUCACUGUUUUAUGCGAAAAUUGUACAGGCGAACCUGGAUGAAAUAUAACGAUGAAUCCUUUCUCCAAUAUAUGCCUGUUUGUAUAGUGACUUGAUUUGUUCGUUGUUAAGUUUAUAAGCAUAAGCAUUUUGAAUUGAA